GAGCAAAUAAACAUAGCAUGAAAGUUCUCACACUGACCCACACCCACACACACACACACACACACACACACACGUGUCUUCAGUGCUCCUGCAAGACGCUGAGCGCUUCAUUUGGGAAUUCAAUCAUUUCUUCUAAACAUCAAGGCUUCCAUAGAUGCCAUCUCGUCUCCAUGGCUGUGCUGUUGUGUUUGUCGGUGCUGUGGUGCGCUUUCGCCGUGGCCUCCACAAUCACUCUGGCCGACCCGGACUACGGCGGCGUUCCCCUGUGGAUCGACCGCUUGCUGGGUGAGCCCAGCGUGCUGAGCCUGCGGGGUCGCUUGGAUGCGGCUUGGUACCGAGCCAACAACCCUCAGGCCUGCCCGCAACAAUGUGACUGCCCCAUUCAGUGGCCAACGGCACUCUACUGUGACCACAGAGGCCUGGGAGAUGUCCCGGAGCACCUUCCAGCCAGAACGCAAUACCUGUUUCUGCAGCGCAACAACAUCUCAUCCCUCACUUCUUCAUUUCUGGCAAACAUCACCGGACUUCACUGGCUCAUUCUGGACCACAACCGUUUGAGAAGUGACCAGCUGGACCAGGGUAUCCUCCAAAACCAGAGCCAACUGGUUCAUCUUUUUGCCAACCACAACAACCUGAGCUCAGUGCCCAAUAACCUGCCAGACGGUCUCAAGCAGCUCCGACUGGCCUAUAACCAAAUAAGCAGCAUCGGGCCCGACGCUUUCAAGAACCUGAAGAACCUGACACUGCUGCUUCUGCAGGGAAACAUUUUAAAAACCAUCAAAGAAGGAGAGUUGCGAGGUCUUGUUAAUUUGAACUUAUUGGACCUCGGAGGGAAUUCCUUCUCAUCGGUCCCCAGACAUUUACCAACCUACGUGCAGCAGCUCUAUCUAUCUAAAAACCCGCUCUCUGGGCUCGAUGAGGACAGUUUCCUGGGAUUCAGCAACCUUCAGUUCCUUCGUUUAAGCCACUGCGACCUGAAAAAUGGCAACGUCCACCCUCAGGCCUUCAACCUCUCUACCUUGGUGGAAUUGGACUUGUCCUACAACAAAUUUACUAGCAUCCCCGAAGUCCCCAUCACCUUGCAGCACCUCUACCUGCAAGCCAAUGAGAUCAAAGAGUUCAACCUGACUAGUUUCUGCGGAAAAGUGGGACGUCUGACUUAUUCCCGAUUGAAGAGCCUACGACUGGACGGCAACGAGCUGUCCUACCGGCAUCUGCCCUCUGACUGGGUCUUCUGUCUGAGAGUGAUUCAAGAUAUUUUCAUUUAGAAAUGCCGAAAAUGAAAAUAAACUCUUGCGUGUAGUCCUGAA